AUGCGUUCAUUCGUCCACGUGACACCUUUCACUUUGGAAUUCUUGUCACAGACAAAUGCAGUCUUUUUCAAAGGCGAGGUGGAUCAUUUGGAUUUGAAAAUUCCCAAGGAUUCCGUGUUCUAUCGCAUGUGCGAUAAUGCACUGAUUACGUUCACCGAUUUCGUUUUCCUUCUGGUUGUUUUAUCUACUCCACGUCGUCUGUUCGAAAUCGCUUUUCGUAUGUUUGAUUUGAAUGGAGACGGGGAGUUGGACGCGGAAGAAUUUGAUGUGGUGAGUCAUCGGUAA